AUGAGAAUUUAGCGCGGAAGACCUAGGGGCCGGUAAGGCUUAAGAAAGAAAGCAAUAUCAAUAGCCCCAGAUGAAUAAAAUAAUUACAUUUAAUUAGAUCCUGAUUGUGUUAAACUCUUCAAAUUAUUUGCUACACAAGGAUGUUAUAAGAUUAGAAUUUUAACUAACAAUUCACAAAAAGAGCCUUAUUAUAAAUAGUAGGGUGAAAAUAUUCAAGAAUCAUAUUUUUAAUAAAAUAAUAAUUGCCCUGAAUUUUUCUUUUUAUCAUAGAGAAGGAAGAAUUAUUCAUUCGCAAAUUCAAUUCUAGUUGAUAAGACUCAAUAUAAAUAAAUAAAUUAAAGUGAAUUUGAUCCUAAAUAUAAAAUCUUAAUAACUAAAUUGAAUAUAGUUCUGAAAGAAUUAGACGAAUAGUUUAUUUCUAUAUUAAUAGAUAUAUUAUAACAAUAUAUAAACUUAUUUGAUUGGUACUUAGAUUAAAAUUCAUUUGCAUAAUAUAUAGUUGAAGAAUUAUAAGACCCAUAAAAUCAUUUAAAAUAUCAAUAUUUAAUAAAUUGGUAAAACUAAAAAUAAAUUACUAAAGAUGUUCGAAUGAAGAUGCAUUUUGAGAAUCUUUAAAAUAAUAAAACAUCAAUAAGUUAAAGAAUUUCUUAAAAAGUUUAAAAAAAGCAUUAAGAAUUUAUAGAAAAACAAGAAAGACAUUUAAAUAAAGAAUAUAUUAUGGAACCUAUUGAAUAUUUAAUUUCUAAAUUAAUAAGGAUAUUUAAUAAAAUCAUGACAAAAAAUUGA